ACGGCGGAAAGAAAGAAGAAAAAAAAAGAAUAAAAAAAUUGAAAAGACAAAAAAAGAAAAAGAAAUAAGAAAAAAGAAUAAAGAAAAGAAAAAACAGUCGAGAAAUAUUUAAUUAUUCGUGGAAGAAGCGACAGCAAGAUGUCCACGAUGAGCGUCGUGUCGAAUUCAUCCGUCGAAGUCGACUCGGACUCAUCGAACGAUCUGUCGAGUAAGGACGACGCUCCAACCGAGCAAAAGUUUAUCCUAAGAAACGAGCUCUACAACAGCCUUUUAGCGAGCGCGUUAGGCAAGACUGUGCUGAAUAGGCAUCUCAAUUUAAAGGAGCAAGGUAUCAAUUUUAAUUUGGCCAACUUGAAGGACAACUUGAACGCCCUUGGUGCUCUUAAAGAUUUGAAGGAUUUGAAGGGACUCACCGUUAGUAGCGUCCCUGCUUUCCCGAGGAAUCUCGCCCUUCAUCGGGAAGAUCACGACGAGAAAGCGUCGUUCGCGUGGUCGGAAGGCGGCGAGGAUGGUGGGGGCGGCGGCGGUGGAGGAGGAGGAGGUGGGGGUGGCGCCGGUAGUGGGGGUACCGGAAGUGGAGGAACGGGCCCCACGGCAACCGGGGGUGGCGGCCUGGCCCACUGGGUUAGCGUUAUGGCGGAACACAUUCACAAUCCGCAUUCCGCAAGUGGAGUAGCUGGUAUUCAUCAUCAACAACAGUCGCCACCACAGCCACCUUAUCCGUGGAACAACGGUCUCUCCACUGACCAAUGCAAUCCACACGACAAGGAAAGCGAUUAUUGGGGCGGAGGUCGUGGUGCGAAACAAGGUUACGAGCACUUUUUGUUACAGGCGAAAAUGAACGCGGAUCAUGGUCAGUUGCAAAAAGGGGAAGAUCAGUAUCGCGGUGCCGGUGGAUCUAGCAGCGGCAGUCCCCCGGCGAGUCUACUGGUGGUUCCUCAGCCUCUAACGGUGAAGCCCUCUCAUCCGUCUCAUCUCAACCCUCAUCUCGGUGGACCUCACUCGCAUCCGCCGAGAAAGUACCAGUGCAAGAUGUGUCCUCAGAUCUUCGGGAGCAAGGCGGACCUGCAGCUCCAUACGCAGAUGCACAUGCGCGAGGCGAAACCGUACAAGUGCAACCAGUGCUCUAAGGCGUUCGCAAACUCGUCUUACCUGUCGCAGCACACGAGGAUCCACCUCGGCAUCAAGCCGUACCGCUGCGAGAUCUGUCAGCGGAAGUUCACGCAGCUGAGCCACCUACAGCAGCACAUCCGCACGCACACCGGCGACAAGCCGUACAAGUGCCGGCAUCCAGGGUGCACGAAGGCGUUCAGUCAGCUGAGCAACCUCCAGAGUCACUCUAGGUGCCACCAGACCGAUAAGCCUUACAAAUGCAACUCCUGCUACAAGUGCUUCUCCGACGAGCCCAGCCUCCUCGAGCACAUACCGAAGCACAAGGAGUCGAAGCACUUGAAGACGCACAUCUGCCAGUACUGCGGCAAGAGCUAUACCCAGGAGACCUACCUGGCGAAGCACAUGCAAAAGCACGCGGAGAGAACCGACAAGAGACCCCCGAUCAUCGGUACCGGGCUCAGGCCGUCGAUCCAUGCGAUGGCCGCUCACCAUCAGGAUCAUUAUUGGCCGAAAAUGAGUCCGGACUCGGUGAUUGGCGAUCUCCACGAACGGCUACCACAUCACCAUGCCGAGUACCAUCAGAAUCAGAACCCGGAGAUGCUCUUACCUGGCCAUGGACAUCGCUCCGCCGAGUCCAUAGAGAACGACUCGAGGCAACAGACGCCUCAGCCCGGACCCGCGGGUAAUCAUCAUCCGAACAGUAGCUCGGCCUUCACGCCGAUAUCCUCGAUCUCGAUAAACUCGAUAUCCUCGAUGCAACAUCCCCUCAAUCCCCUCAAUCAUCUUCAUUAUCCCGCCAGUCAUCAUCCAGCCUCGAGGCCUUACCUGUACGAGGCAUUCAACUCGACGCAAAAGUCCUCACCCACCUCGUCCUCCUCGGGCGUUACGUCUGGAACGACGAGCAAUCAGAACGCCACCUCCUUCCCUAAUCAACUGAUCAGCCUACACCAGAUCAGGAAUUAUGCUCAUCAGCCGAAUCUCGGCAAUCUUGGGAACCUCAGCAACCUCGGCAAUCUCGGCAACCUGAGCAGUCUCAACGCCACCAUGGAGAGCCACGCACUACUCGGAGGACUCAAGGAGAAGCAGUAAUCUCUGUUUCUGUCGAUUAGAGCGGGAUUAGACUCUAGGGAAAUCUAUUUUGUUCAAACGCCACCUUUAUUUUUCUUCUACUCAUCAUCUUCUUAUUCUUAUUCUUAUUCUUAUCUUUAUCCUUGCUCUCUUUUUAUUAUUAUCCUUAUUAUUAUCGUCACACUUGUGUCUAGUUACAAAGUUGGCCCGAUAUCAGGGACCUGCUCGAUCCAUUUCCUUCGGGCUCUCCCUAAAACUUCUUUUCUAUUAUUUUUUUUUUCUUUUUUUUUCUUUUUUUUUCUUUAUUUUCUUUAUUUUCUACACUUUUCUUCCGAACGCUCUCCCUUAUGUUUUUUACUUUUGUUUCUCAAAUACUUUUUUCCUUUCCCUUUUUGCGUGUAUAUAUAUAUAUAAUAUAUAUACAUACACACACACACACACACACACGCACACAUACGUACAUAUAUAUACAUAUAUUUUGUUUCCUUUACUUUUUGUUUCUCCUUUUAUCCCAUCUAACAACAACUACUAUUUUCUCUUUAUCUUUGUUUUAUUUUUUUUUGUCUAUUCUCGCAUAUUAUUCGUGGCACUGUCGACCUACUCUAAAUCGUUUCUCUUUCGUUUAUCACGCGUGUGCGCAUUCAUUUAUUCUCUCUCUCCCUCCCUCUCUUUUUCUCUCUCUAUCUAUCUAUCUCACUCUCUGUCUCUCUCUCUUUUUUUUCUCUCAUUCUCUUUUUUUCCCUCUCGUUCUCUCUCUUCUUUCUUGUUUCUCACACUCAACCAUUCUUUCUGACACACAUAAACAAAUGUAUAACAUCACAUAUAAACACGUACACACGUGUAACCUCUGUCUUCCUCUCCCUUUCUCUCUCUCUCUCUCUCUCUUUCUCUGUCUCUUUGUCUCUAUCUCUCUCUCUCUCACUCUCUCUCUCUAUCUCUCACGUUGGUUCAUUCACACGAUUUGUGCCCUCGUAAGUGUACGCGUACGUGUGGUUUAUUUCGUUAAGUGCGUAGCAUUUUCGCUAAUUAUCCUCGUCCCACGUCGCGCGUCGUUCACACGCGCACGCCGACAUUAAUAUUCGCGAUCGAGCCAGCACGAAAGUUAAUUACAUCUGUAAAAGCGGACGUACGUACAUAUAUAUCUACGUACGUAACACCUCCAAAAAGGUACUUUGAUACAAUAUACUUACUUUCCAUGUUU